AUGGCCACAGGACUCGACAGGCAUCAGGGGCGCAGGCACCUGCUCGCCCCCCGCCCAGCCCUCUCCCUGCAUCUUGCCCCCCGCCCCGUCAGAGCGAUUCCUCCCUUCCCCUCCGGUGCGGAAAGCGACGCCAAAGAGCGCAGCAGAGCAACUGACCGAGCCCCGCCGAAGUCGAGUGCUUCUCCGCACGUGGGGCGGGCUCUCCGAAAGCAGCCCGCCGGUGGCUCGACGGCGCGAGCGGCAGCGAGGCCGGGCGGGCUCCUAACGCGUCCCGGGGAGGGCGAGGAGGAGCGCGCCCCCCGCCCCGCCGAAGGGCCCCUCUCCGCCGCGGCCAAGCGCGCCCUCUGUGCCCGCAGACGAGGGCUUGGACGGAUCCCCCCCCCCCGCAAAGUUUUGCCUCCAGUCCUCCGUCGAUGCCGGCAGAGGCUGCUCCACCCUCGGCGGCCGCUUCCCGCAGCUGGAUGGAUGGGAGAGAGGCGAGCCCCGGCCGCCAGGCUCGCUGGCAGGGCGCCCCGUUGCGCAUCAAUCGCGCUUUCAGUGACCCAACCGCGGAGCGCACAAUCGCCCUCCGUGACAUCUGCCGUGACACCCACCUGGGAGAUGCGGAGGGGGGGAGGAGGGAGGGAGGGAGGGAGGCCCCCCCCGCCGAGGAGGCAGCCCCCCGCCCGCCCUCCCCAGCGGAGCCCUCCUUCGGCCGUGCAGCCUGCGGAGGAUCACGCUGCCGCCGCCGCCGGCUCCCGGGCGCCCGCAGCCCUGACCUCCGUCCUCUUCGGCAGCCCUCCUUGCAAGCCGGAGGGAGUCGCUUUGCCAAGCAUGCCCGGGCGCCGGGAUGCGCGCAUCCAGGUGUGGGGCGGGGGGGCCUCCUGGGAUGCGCGUCUGCAGCGGGCUGGCUACUCUGCGCGGCCGCCGGCGAGCCUCACGCGGCAGCUCCCACGCCGCCCUCGGCCAUCCCGCGCCGGCCGUCGGUCUCCCCAGGCAGCAGAGAGAGGCCAAUCCAGGACGGCUGGCCGAGCAGCUCCUCAGAGCGGAGGAGAAGCGGGUCUGGAGGUUGCCGGAGCCGGGCUCGUCUCUUUCAGAUGCCUAGUCCGCCAACUCCGCGCGCCCAAGAAGAGCUGCUCUGGGUCUGGGGCGAGCCGUCCAGAGAGGCCGGAGAGAUGCUUCUUGCCUCGUCUCUCUUUUGCAAAAGAGGCGGGGGGCGGUGGGGCGGGGGGGGAGGAAGGUCCCGAUGCCAUCCACGGAUCCCCUCCAGGGCUGCAGCGGCAGCAGAGCCAACGCAACCAUCGGCACCCGCGUUUUGCAGCCCGGCAGAAAUCAAGGAGCUGCGUGCAGGCUGAUAUUCAAGAAAAGCCAGACGCCAAGAGCUCGGCUCCCCAGCCCAACGCGUGCGCGCCGGGCGAGCGCCUCUCCGCUUUGCCCGCUAAGAGAGAAGCCAGGAGCACAGCGACCUCCCUCUCCCUCCCGCGGCUCAUCCUGCAUGUCUCUUCCCCAAACUGCAGCUGUCUCCGUCCUAACAGCACUUCCUCUCCACGCGCCGCGGCAUGCUGGGUACUGUAGUUUCCUCUCUUGCUCCCCCCUCCCCCCAAUAAAUGCUAUCUGGGAUUUUGGUGCAAUAAUAACAACAUCAGUAAUGGCCACGUUGUGAUAAAACGUGGUCCCCGGUGGAGCUCAGAUGAAGAUAGCGAAGCGUGUGGCUCAGAACCCAGCCAAGUUGGCCAUGACUAAGCACCAUUCGACUCAACCGAGGAGGCAAGUUACUGUAUUUCUCUGGAUCCAAGAGAGACGAGCAAGUUUUUUGAUAUUAGA